AUGUCCUGGUUCUCGAAUCAGUGGGAUCGCCUAUCCAAAGCAUGGGACGGGCAGGGCAAUCAAGCUGACCCAGAAGCUCCCAUUCAUGACUUGGAGAUUACAUGGGGUAGAGAGAGGCUUCGUCUCAAUCUCCCGCCCCGUUCCACUCUUGGCUCUCUCCGCUCAGCAAUCACACACCACACCUCCGUACCCCCGGAGCAGCAGAAGUUGAUCUAUCACGGACUGAUCCUCAGAGGAGACGAGGCUACCCUCCUGGCCAACUAUGGCUUAGCUUCAGGCUCAAGGCUGGUACUAGUCGGCUCCACCACCACGGGCGAUCGGGUGGGGAACAAAGCGUAUGCCGCAUCCUCGAGCAAGAGGAAAGGGGCAGACGGGGGAGCGCGAGCGAUGACAAAGGGCGAAGCGUUGGCGGAGGAGAAGAAGAGGAAGGAAGAGGAUAGGACUGAAGCCGGAGUGACGGGGAGGAUCAAGGAUGUCGUAGACAGGACAAAGAAGGAGCUAGAGCCGCAGUUGAGAGGCUUCGAGGAAGCCGUGAGCGGGACCAACAACGUGACGCCAGCAGCGGCAGCGACUUCAGAAGCGCCGCAAACUACUUCGACCGCCACGCCCACGCCCACCCCCACCAGCACGGCCUCAGCUCCGCAACCGGCGGCGACCCCCUCAGUGGCCCCUUCCACCUCCCUCCCGCACACACAUCGCUAUCUCAAUGAGCUCUUAUCCCGCUCUCUCCUCGACUUGGACGCAAUCCCUGCUGUAUCCGAAACUACGCGCGCCCUACGAAAGGAAGCAGUCAGGACCGUUCAGGGUUUCAUCGAUAGACUGGACAAGGCUUGGGAAGGCGUGUCUGAAGCGGAGAGAAAAGCGGAUGGCAGGGCGAAGAGUUGA